UGAUUAACCAGUGCUGAGUUCACAAAUGGAUAUUUACGAGAGAGGUUUAGUAUCUGAAACUCCACAAACUGACAUGGAUGUACGGAAAGGUCCAUGGACCGAAGAAGAAGACUUGAUGCUCAAAUCACAUGUCAAUAUUCACGGAGAAGGUCGCUGGAAUUCAGUUGCUGUUUUAUCAGGAUUAAAGAGAAGCGGCAAAAGCUGCAGAUUGAGGUGGAUGAACAAUUUGCGACCCGAACUGAGACGUGGAAACAUUAGUCUCCAAGAGCAGCUGCUGAUACUUCAACUCCAUUCUCGAUGGGGCAACAGAUGGUCCAAAAUCGCACAACAACUGCCUGGAAGGACCGACAAUGAGAUUAAGAAUUAUUGGAGAACGAGAGUCCAGAAACUGGCGAAGCAGCUUCAAUGUGACGUUAACAGCAAACAGUUCAGGGACGCCAUGCGUUGCGUUUGGAUUCCCCGUCUAAUUGAAAGAAUCGGUGCUUCAUCCAGCACCGGCACUGCUACUUUCAUGGAUAGUAUCAGCAGCACUGUCACCGGUCAAAUCAGCCAUGCAGAUACAAAAAUGGGGUUGGUCCAAGUUGACCCGAGUGUCUUGCCGGAGUUAUCAGGCGCUUCAUCAGACUCCCAGGAUGCCCAAGUCUCGUUCGUUUCGGACCUGGCGGAAUGUUGCAAUCCACUCAUGAGCGUUUCAGACUACGCGUAUAGCUUAGAAAACGGCUCGGGUUUGUGCUCCGAAAAUUUAGCAGACACUUGGAAUAACGAUGAUUGGGUUGGAUUAGAGGAGAGUGUGUGGAAUGAAGAGAAUAUUUGGUUCCUAAGACAGCAGCUUUAUGACGAUGAUUUGAAUUAACAUACCCGACGUAGCAUAAUAUCAAGCCUUGUAUUUUAAACAUUUUCACCAUUUUUUGCUAUCAAGUAAGAGUAUCUAACGUUAAACACCACAAAAUCUGAGGACUUUUGGAAUGUAAAUGUUUCACGCUACAAUAUUCAGGUUGACAUAUGAGCUAUAACAUUACAGUAUAUCAUG